GAUGUGCAAGAAAUACACGAUAAGUUCAUAAUAUAAUUAUCAUGAAGUUGAUAGUUAAAUUGCUGGCGGUAUGCGUUUUAUCAGAGAUUCAAUGUUUAGAAUUAUGCAGCUUGAUAAAUCCAAAAGGAUUAUGUAAACUAAGUGCAGAUUGUGAUGGUGAAAUUGAAAAUUACGGAUCAUACGUAUGUCCCGAUCCAACCGUUUGCUGCAUAGCUCCUGAUACUACAACACCAGAACCUACUACCGAGCCACCAUCAACCGAACCACCAACAACAACUGAAGAACCAACAACAAUUCCAUCUACAACAGUAUUACCUGUAACAGAACAAUGUGGGGUCCGACCAGAAAAUGAUCUUAUGUUUAGAUUACUGGGUGGUACAGUUAAAGAAAUACAGAGCUGGCCUUGGAUGGUGUCUAUUCGGGGCAAGAGUACCACAGGCGACACGGCAACUAAAAUAACCGAGGAUCCAACACAAGAAAACACGACACCUGUUUGUGCUGGUGUAUUCAUACACGAACAAUAUGUUGCUACUACUGGCUUUUGUAUUUUAAAGUUAUAUGCAGCAUUUAAAUCUGCUGGAUUCACAUUUGACCCAUUAAAAAACAUACUGUUGAAAAGUGGUGAAACAACAACUAAUUCACAAGAUUUUGUUGGUGGAUUUUCUACUGAACAACAGUUCAAGGUCAUAGAAAUCAUUCCACAUACCGAUUUCGUAAUUCAGGAUUUUGAAAAUGACGCAUACAAUUUUUCAAAUCUUAUUCGAAAUCCGGAUACCUUCUUACCUAACAACUUGGCAUUGUUAAAACUUGAGCAACCUGUAGUUUUUAAUGGGAAUGUGAGAAAGUGUUGCGCUCCUAACCUAACAGAAAGUGCUUGUAGUAUAAAGAAAUCUGGUUGCAUAAUUGCUGGAUGGGGUGAUAGUAGCGAGAAUGGCGUUAAAAAUGACGGGGCAUUUAGAGAAAUUGAGGUUGAAGUUUUUAGUAAAGAAGUCGUGGAUGCUGCAGCUCAAUUCACAUCAUCUCUUGCAACUCCACUACAGUCAGUAGCAAAGUUCACAGCCGCACCUGGAAAUGUCUGUGAUGGUGACAAUGGAGGGAUGGUCGUAUGUCAGAAUGAUGAAGAUCGAUGGGCUCUCGAAGGUUUAGUAAGCAUAGGAGAUGUUUCAGUUGGUUGCACACCUUUAGAUUCUUUUAAAAUUGUCGACAUUAAAGCUGCCUGGCCGUGGAUUGAAAAAGUCGAACGGGGAACGAUUGAUGAUGAUAAAGCAGUGGCUUGUUUGGUAGAUGAUGAUGAAGCAGUGGCUUGUUUGGCAGAUGAUGAUGGAGCAGUAACUGGUUUUGUAGAUGAUGAUGGAGCAGUAACUGGUUUAGUAGAUGAUGAUUGA